AUGGGCGCGCAUAUGGCUAUGGCUAGGCUUAUGCGCGCACCAACUCCAUCAUUCUUGCUUGCUCUCGUUGUAGCUGCGCUUUCGUUUAUGAACAUGUUGCCUUUUGGUUUGCCGGACGCAACCGCCGACGCCCUGUUAGAGUUCAAGAAUUCUUUGGGGAAAAGUUCCGUAGUUCUUUCCGAUUGGGGUGUUUCUCCGAACCCAUGCAAUGGCGACAAGGGGGUUUGGCUUGGUAUGCUUUGCUUUGAUGGGAAGGUUAGGGGCGUGAAACUUGAAAAGAUGGGGUUACAGGGAACGCUAAAGGUGGAACCUCUCGCGAAGUUGCCAUAUUUGAAGACUCUAAGCUUCAGGAACAACUCAUUCCAAGGUCCAUUGCCUAAUCUUAGUUUAAUUAAGAAAUUAAGGUCAGUGUUUUUGUCAGAUAAUAACUUCUCGGGGGAGAUUCCUGAUGAGGCAUUUGACGGUUUGAAUUACUUGAGGAGACUGCAUUUGGGAAGAAAUGAUUUCUCAGGCGAAAUCCCUUCAUCUCUGGCCGAAUUGCCUAAUCUUUACGAGGUGGAGCUUGAGGAUAACAAUUUUAGCGGCGAAAUCCCUGAUUUCAAAAGCACGCAGUUAGCUACUGUGGAUUUCUCUAACAAUGAUUUAGAGGGAGAAAUCCCAAAAAGCUUGAGCUCGUUGGACUCUAAAUUUUUUGAAGGAAACGAUAGGUUAUGUGGUGGGACUACGGGAGUAGUUUGUAUCUUCCCUCCUGCUCCUGCUCCUUCUCUACCGCCAGGUCCAUCUCCAGCUCCAUCCGCCGUUUCUUCCGGCAAGUCAUCACUCGGAUUGAAAAUAGCCUUGGGUAUUGUGAGUGUUCUGCUCAUAUUACUCAUUAUUUCUGUAAUUCUGAUCUUCGUCAAGAAGAGAAAGCAACAGUCGGAAUUAGACCGGGCGGAGUUGUUGGAUAAUUCCUCCAAGUACACGGCAGGAACCGCAAGCCAGAUCGAUACCAAGUCAGUGGAAAAUAAUAAUAUAAACCAUCCAGCAAGGAGGGGUGGUGAGCAAGGAAAAUUGUCAUUUGUGAGGGAUGACAGGGAGCGGUUUGAUUUGCAUGAUCUGCUUAGAGCCUCAGCUGAAAUCUUGGGGAGUGGGAACUUCGGAGCUUCAUACAAGGCUUUGAUACUAACUGAUGCUGUAGUGGUCAAGAGGUAUAAGCAAAUGAACAACGUGGGAAGAGAGGAGUUCCAUGAUCACAUGAGAAGGCUUGGGAAAUUGACACACCCUAACUUGUUACCACUUGUGGCCUAUUAUUAUAGAAGGGAAGAGAAGCUUCUGGUAUCUGACUUUGUGGAGAACAGUAGCUUGGCUUCUCAUCUUCAUGGCAAUCACAACCUGCAUCAGCCUGUACUUGACUGGCCAACGCGUUUGAGAAUAAUCAAAGGCAUAGGAAGGGGCUUGGCAUACCUAUACAAUACACUCCCAAGCUUGGUUGUACCUCAUGGCCAUCUCAAAUCCUCCAAUGUGCUUCUGGACGAAAACAUGGAGCCCCUACUGAAUGACUAUGCUCUACUCCCCGUGAUCAACAUGGAUCAAGCGCAACACCUCAUGAUGGCCUACAAGUCACCGGAAUACGCGCAGCACCGCCGGAUAACAAAGAAGACCGAUGUGUGGUGCUUCGGGAUAAUCAUCUUGGAGGUGUUGACAGGCAAGUUCCCAGAGAACUACAUAAUGCAAAGUUAUGACAGCAAAGCCGAUUUGGGGAGCUGGGUGAACGGGAUGAUCAAGGAAAAGAAGACUAGUGAGGUGUUUGAUCUAGAAAUGGGGAAUGUCGGUAACAGCAAAGGUGAACUUCUAAAGCUGUUGAAGAUUGGAGUGAGCUGCUGUGAGGAGGAUGUGGAGAGAAGGCUGGACCUGCAUGAAGUUGUUGCCAAGAUUGAUGAGUUGAACGAGGGAGAAAGUGAUGGAGACUACCGCUCAAGUGUUUCAAGUGAAGGAGGAGAAGAUGAUGAUCAUACUUCUCUGGCUGUGUGA